UUUGACAAAUGACGUUUCGAAAAAAUUCAACAAAAAAGACAAAAAGUGACUGGAAAUUGUCUCAGAAUAUCCAAAUGUGUAAAAGGGGGUCUUGGGCUAGGUAACUAUUGCAGUUUUAAAAACGGGGAUGAUGUUUUUUGGAAUAAGUGUUGGUUUCGAUUUUUUAAUUUCUGACUACGAUCAUAAUGCCUUUCGAAUUUGCCUUCGACGGUGUUGUUUGUUAAAAAGAAUGAUUUGGGAUAACAUAUAAUAGAAUACAAUUGCAACGAGUGAUUUUAUCUCGUUUUUUGUUUUUAAUUUUUUUGCGCCAAAUUAGAGGCGCACGCGCUGUAGACUUUUUUGCCUUCAAAUUCGAAGGUUAUGUAAGGUUAGGAAUGUGAUGACAGGUCUUUAAAAUGUUGAAAACUCUAAAUAUUAGCAAUUUCCAAAUCAUCAGAUGUCUCACAUCAUCUGUAAAACCCGAAAUCCAAUCUCAUUUAACAUUACUAGAAACCACAUAUGCUAAAGACGACUUCACGAAUGUCACCGAUAAAAUCGCCUCGCACUUGGGUCGCAAUCUCCACACAAAAGAACACCACCCCCUUAGCCACGUGCGUCAAAGAAUUGUAAAUUAUUUCUACAAAAAUUUUGUCAACGGCCGCGGAAACCCAACUUUCUCAGUGUAUGACGCCCUGCCCCCGGUGGUAACCGUAGACCAAAACUUUGAUAGCUUACUGACCCCCAAAGACCACCCGUCCCGCUUGAAAAGCGACUGUUAUUACCUAAACCGGGACUAUUUAUUGCGGGCGCAUAUGACGGCCCACCAGUCGGAGCUGAUGAGGGCCGGUUUGAACAACUUUCUAAUGAUUGGAGACGUCUACAGACGGGACGAAAUCGACAGAACGCACUACCCGGUCUUCCACCAGGUGGACGCAGUUCGUCUGAAGACACGAGACGAGUUGUUCCCCAAAGAGCAAAGCUUGGAGAUUUUUGAGGUGGGCAACAACACCCAGAGCACCGGAACCCAGCAGAAACAGGCGUGUCACACUCUGGAAGCGGUCAAGUUGAUGGAACACGAACUGAAAACGACUCUGGCAGGCCUUGCCAAGGAGCUGUUUGGGGAGACAAUUGAGUACAGGUGGAUUGAUACAUAUUUUCCGUUCACUCAACCGUCAUGGGAGCUGGAGGUGUUUCACGAGAACAACUGGUUAGAACUGCUGGGAUGUGGGAUAAUGAGACAGCCCAUUUUAACCAACUCUGGCAUUGUGGACAGGAUUGGCUGGGCGUUCGGGAUCGGGCUUGAAAGGGUCGCAAUGUGUUUGUAUAAAAUACCCGAUAUUCGGCUCUUCUGGUCCAAAGACACUGGGUUUUUAAACCAGUUUAAAGUAAAAUAUGACGAAGACGUUACUUAUAGACAAAUCAGUCAAUAUCCACAAUGUAUCAACGAUCUCAGUUUUUGGCUACCACAAGAUAGGGAAUUUUCGAGUAAUGAUUUCUACGACUUGGCCAGAAACAUUGGAGGUGAUACAAUUGAACAAGUAGUUUUAGUGGACGAAUUCACGCAUCCAAAACUUGGGAAAACGAGUCACUGUUACCGCAUUAUCUACCGGCAUAUGGAAAAAACUCUGGUCCAGGCCGAUGUCAAUGUAAUUCACAGCGAAAUCGCCAAAGUUGCAGCCUCCACAUUGGGAGUCCAGAUUAGAUAAUGUCACAGUUAAUCCCUAUUUAAUUAAGCAGCAUAUUGUUGCUCAAAUAAUUGUAAAAUAUUGCGAAAUAAAGAUUACAUUUUAGGCAA